CGUCUCGCUGGCUCAGAGUUGCCCGAGGGUCAGAAGGCCAAGGAGACCAUCAUCAACUUCGAGAUCUUCCACGCUUUGAGCUGUCCACCCACCUUCGACCCACUCUUCCCUAAGCUACGGAGGUUAUCUUGGCUGAUGGUUCACAGCUACUCGCUCUCUUUCCUCAGGGUGCUUCUUGGUCCUUCCCUUGAGGCCAUCGUUCUGUAUCCGGGGCACCUCAAUAAGCACCUGUUCACCCUGGCUGCCACGAUGGGCGUCCUCUGUCCUCGCAUGAAAGACUUCACCUGGAUGAGCGAAAACCCUUCAGCGGAAGAAGAAGCUGUCAUAUCCAAGCUAAUCACAUCAUGGCCGAAGCUGGAGGAUGUGACUUCUUUUGCGCUGGACAAGGACGCGCUGCAGUACCUCUCAUCGCUGCCAUCUCUCAAGUCGAUAACUGUCGCGAUCAGACGUUUUUCCACACCGUGGACGUUCCAUGUGCCUGCUUUCCCCAAUGCGACCUCCUUGAAACUUGUGAGCCCUUCCACGUAUACCCUGUCCGACAUCGCAUCGUUUGUCGGCUCACUCCGCGCCUCUCCCGCGCAUUUCAGUGCCAUCGCAGAAACGGCUCACCCAACCUCCGUUUCGGACCUCUUUGAAGCUAUCGCGGGCCAUCUCGACAAGGCCAAGCUCGAGACCCUCUCCGUGAACGAGAAGCAGUCCCCUGAUAGUCUGAGGCUGGACAUGAAUAUGCUCAAGCGCAUCUUUCACUUCCGCUGUCUCACGAGGGUCCACGUCGACACCUACCGAGAGGUCGACCUCGGCGGUGGCGAUCUCCUGGAGAUGGCCGACGCGUGGCCUGGUCUCAUCUCGUUUAGCAUCAACGUCGGAUGGGGAUGGCGCUGCCGGUCGCGCGUCACGCUUCGCGACGUCAAAGCGAUGCUGCAGCGGCUGCCCAAACUCGAGAUGUUGGCGCUCGCCGUCGACUGCGAGACCGUCGGGCUGGAGACCCUCGGCGACGAGCAGUACGGGAGGUUCCGCGUCGAGAGGGAGGUUGAGGUGCAGUUCCUGGACUCGAGGAUCGGCACGAACUUUGCGGAUAUCGCGGCUUUCCUUUCGGACUUGUUCCCUGGGAUCGAGGAUAGGGCCGCCCUUGAUUGUUGGUCGCUCCCUUCUGCAGCGCUCGAAGGAUUGAGCAAGAUGCACCGCGCUCUACUCAUAGCCGAAGUCGCUCACGCCAUAGCGUUCCAUCAGCUAAGCAAGAAAGAUCUCGUAGCCUUAGCUCGGACCUGCCGGCUGUUUUGCGACCCUGCUCUGGACGCAUUGUGGGCGGAAUUGAACGAUAUCACGCCGCUGCUGGAUUGUCUACCUGAUGGCUGUAUUGAGCGAGAGGAAACUAUAGCGACAUCCUGUCGCUACCACUUGCGAGGACCCCUUACCAUAGAAGCCUGGACGACCCUCAGAAAGUAUUCCUCCCGUGUCAAGAUCAUCGAUAAUCUCGAUUCGGUUGAUCCAUAUGAGGACACGAUAGAGCGCAUUGUCAAUGCCGAAGUCUUAUUCGCUCUCAGCUGUCCUCCCUUCUCCGAACAUCUUUUCCCCAAGUUACAACGUCUGUCUUGGAAAUCCGUGUUUCAAAGUGAUUGCCCUUUACUGAGGAUUAUGCUGGGUCCUUCGCUUAGAUCCCUGAAGAUAGUCCCCGGGCAUGCAAACCCGGUCGUCCUUGGGCUCGCCGCUAUCACGGGUGUCACCUGUCCCAAUCUCCAAGAGUUCACAUUUAUGCACAGUACACCAUCACUUGGAGAAGAAGCAUUGAUCUCGCAGGUCAUUACCUCGUGGCGCAAUCUCGAGUCAUUAGGUUGUUGCGCCUUGACGGAUCAGGCAUGGUUCUACCUCUCGACUUCGCCGUCCCUCAAGAAGCUCUCCAUGAACCUCCGGGAACUUCCGUCUCGUCUUGUCUUACACGAUCCCUCAUUUUGCAACCUCGACGAACUCAGGCUCUUGGCUCCGCCAGGCCAAAGUCUAUCCAGCAUCGUCUCGAUCAUACGUGCCACCCAUUGGCGCCCUGUUGAAUUUCUGGGCGGCGCAUACGCAGCUUCCACGGACUCCAUCUCGGAUCUGUUCUCUGUGCUUGUGAGCCAUUUUGACAAGGCAAGGCUGAAGUGUCUCCGGGUCGAUGAGAGAGACAACGAACCGGGCUGGUUGCUCGGGAGAGGCGAUCUGGAACACGCCUUCAAGUUCCGCAACCUGUCGACCGUCUGUAUCAACACCCACCGAGAAGUCACUCUCGGCGGCCCCGAUCUCCUCGCAAUGGCCGACGCCUGGCCUAACCUCGGCACUCUCCAAAUCAACGACGACUGGGGCUGGAGAGUUCGGUCGACCGUCACGCUUCCUGAUGUGAGAGCGAUGCUCAGACGACUUCCCAAGCUCGAGAUGAUAUCUCUGGCCGUCGACUGCGAGACCGCAGAACUAAAUACUCUCAGCGAUGAGCAAUACGGGAAGUUCCGUGUCGAAAGGCCGUUUCAAGCGCAAUUUCUCGACUCGCGAAUCGGCGGCAAUCUUGCAGAUAUCGCAGCUUUCCUUUCGGACUUGUUCCCGGGGAUCGAGGAUAGGGCCGCCCUUGAUUGCUGGUCGCUCCCUCCGGCGGCACUGGGAGGCAUGCGGCAGGAUUACGAGGAUUAUUCGGAGAGGUGGGACAACAUGAUAGGUAUAAUGUUGACGAUAAAUCAGAUUAAAAGGCUGGAAAAGAAGCGCAUCAGUGAGCCGUCAGGGUUGUCCUAG